AGACACCACCUCCACCCUUCAACUCCAGUGUUGUACGCUUUUCCAUUCAAAAACAUUGUCACCGUUUCGCAUCUUUUCACCCAGCCCUGUUUGAUCAGUGUGUUUAUUCAUCCCGCUGAUAAUACAUAUUAUUGUUCAUUCGCAAAAUACACCUAUGUGUCUGUCCAUGCAGUGGCUUUGUCUUUGCUACUGAAGCAAUAUCCCUGUUUUCCACGCGAUCGGGUGUCUGACAGUCUCAAGGAUAAUUGGACAUUAUCGGAGACUGGAUACACUUGUUCACUUGCCAUUUGAAAUCAGCAUUUACUGAACUCAUGCACGGUUUGGAUUAGCACACACACACACUUGCACGUAGAACAAAUUGGCUUAUAAUUAAUAGUGAUGAUGGACGUGGAGUGGCUGCUUCUUAAUUUAACGAACGCGAGUAAUCACGGACACUUGGCGUUUAAUUAUUCCGUUGCCGUGGAGUUUUUUUUCCCCCCAACCUUGAUCGGAAAGAAGCCAUACAAAUGAAUUCUCGAGUUGCCUACAGUAGGCUACGACGGGGGCAGGGCAUUCAAUGACAGAUGCGGUAAUGCUUACGGGCGGUGUGGCCGGUGAACCAGUUUCCAGCUUUAUGCGUGCGGUCAUGUGGAAACUUUAGCAUACUUUCAUUCUAGCCCUGACCUACACUCUACAUGCACAUUGCAACGUGAGAUUUAUGUAAUAUGAAAAUGUGUGUGUGUAAUAUAUAAGAACAUAGUUUCAUCAAACAGCUACACAUUGUUAUCAUAGAAUGACUUGACCUUUCAACACAGGGUGUUGUACCCAAGGUAUUUAAGAUUAAAUUGAGUUAUCAAAUCUCCUCAUCCAAUGUUCCAAACUAUUAAAGUUAUAAAUAAAAAGAUAUAAUUUCCAUGAAGUUAGCUGUUCAAUACCUUUGCUGGAGUGUAAUAGGUCGUCUUUUGGAGAGCAUGAAAUAAUGAUCUCCCAUAUUGAAUCUUUUAAAUGUAUGAUCAAUAGUCUAGUACUUGCCGUGGAAAUGUCUAUAAUCCAAAGUGGAGAUAUCUGGGGUAUACCUCAGUCCUGCGUCACCUCAGAGUUUAAAAACUACACGAGUUUCUCUGUGGAAAUAGUGUGUGAUUUUUAGAAGCCGCACUCUCUGCUUUCAGAGGACAUCUCUCCCUUCCCGUCGUGUUUUCUGCCUGUUAAAGUCGUCCCGUUUCCCUGAUCUCCCGAUUUUCAGACGCACAGUGCUCCCGUCCUCACCGUUCCUCCUGGGAAGACGUGCGAUCUGUCACUGUCACCGUGCCUGGAGUCCUUUUUAAAACGGGGGCAGUCUGUACGCUUGCGACGGCUGACUGACUACGCCCACUGAACGCAGUUUUGUGGAAACCUAACUGCACAUAUACACAAGCUCACUGCCACUCCCAUCAACACCAGGAGAGUACAGCAGAAAGCUGUCCCGUAGUGACUAACCACACCGAUCGGAUGCGCUAGGCAGCAUCUUUUUGCAUGUGCCAAUAUUCAGGCAACGCCCUUCAUCAACAUGCACAGCUGGCUGGGGGGUCAUGAUCACUGGGCGGGGGUCAUGUGACCGAUAGAAUGCAAGGCCCACCAAUAACGACAGGAGAAGGCUGUAUUUCCCCCAGAGGAGCAGGCUGUGGUCGGAGCACUCCCUCAGUCCCCUGCAGUGGUGCAGGCAGGUGCUGGACGACCCCAAGCCCGAGGUGGAGGCUGCCAGACGCUCCCUGUGUCAGAGGCUGGAGCAAGCCCACAGGUGGAGGGGUGUGUUCUCCAGCCCCAUGACUCCUGCCCCCCCCUACAGCCCCAUAGCCGGAGUCUCUCCCCACUGCCGCACCUGUAGGCCCAGCGCUAAACCUGCACUAACUGAGCCUCCACCAGUGACAUUUCCUUCAUCCAGCCAUUCCCCGCCCCAUCCGACUCAGACAGCCAAUGGGAAGGACUCCCCUGGUGUCACGGACAGAUCUCCCUCAUUCCUCCAUCACUCAGCCCGCUACAGCCACGGCCGCCGCCGGCCCCCCCUCAGCCCCCAGUCCUCCAUGGACAGCGAGCUCAGCGCCUCGGAGCUAGAGGACGACUCCAUCGCCAUGGGAUACAAGCUGCAGGACCUGACCGACGUGCAGAUCAUGGCCCGCCUGCAGGAGGAGAGCCUGCGGCAGGACUACACCUCCACCUCGGUGUGCCGGCGGAGCUCCAGUUUCUCCCUGCGCUCGUGCCGGAGAGACACGCUGAGCGAGCUGGACCUGGAGGAGGAGGAGGAGGAGGAGGAAGAGGAGUACGACCAGCUGCCCCCUCCCCAGCCCCGGUUGGCCCGGGCGGGGCCCCUGCAGCGGAGCCUGUCCCACUCGCACUCCUUCACCAGCUGCCGCCGGAGCCCCUCGGCCCCCCAGUACCUCAGCAGCCUGUCCUACCAGCACUCCAGCCCCCCCACACCCGGCUGCACCCCCCCCGAGACUCACAACCGCACCUCCGCAGGAUCUACCACUUGGAGUCAGGCUGAGUACGAGAAUAAACUCCGGAGAAGCAUGCCUAACCUGGUGCGUGCUCCCAGCAUGCCCUGCGUCCCGAGUGUGCCACCUGUCCCCUCCCCCACCGGUCACAUGGGCUCGCCCUCCUCCAUCCGCAACAGCCAGAGCUUCGAGUCCUCCAGCACCCUGACCCGCCUCCAGUCCUCCAUUCCGUCUCCGGGCCAGCUCCAGCACAGGGUGCACAGCGUGGGGAACUUCCCGGUGCCGUCACGGCAGCCCCUGAAGGCCACGGCCUACGUCAGCCCCACGGUCCUGGGCCCCAGCACCGCGCCCGCCCCCACCAGCCCCCACGCCCUCUCCAGCUGCAUACCCCUGCCCAACAAGCCCCCCUCCACCCCCACCACCCCCGGCCGCAGCGGCCUGCCGCGGCCCGCCUCCGUCGGGGGCUCCAGCUCCAUCCCCCGCAGCAAAAUCGCCCAGCCGGCGCGCAGUUUACUGACCCCCCCGAAAAGCCUCUCUGCCCUCAGUGCCCUACGGGAUGGCAGCUGGAGGGAUGGGUGCUACUGACGGCGGGCGCACCACAGAGCAAGAGCAGCAGGGAUGCCAGUAAACUCGACCCACGCUCCCUGACUGAUAUUGACUUCUGGCUCCUGCUCAGCACAACUCAUGAGAAGCUUUCCUGCUGAUCGCUGACCUCAGAUCUGAGAGCAUGACUGCACUUGGGGAAUCAGCCACACAGUAAAAAGUGAAGGGGGGGGGGGGGGUGUUCCAGAGCCCAGCGGGCUGGGUGUGCUGGUGGAACCGCAUCACAAAGUGUCUCUUCAAACAUCAACCCAAGCAGCUUUGUGGGGAAAAUUAAAAAAAACUGCCAUCUGUCGGUUUUCAUAAGCGGGACGUCCAAUCAACGAUUGUGGCUUGGCUGUACGGUCAGAGGUCCUGAAUCUGUACGCGUUGCGGUAAUGCAACUUGCUCUUGCUAUUCUUGCAAUAUUAUUGUCCGAUUUUUAAGGAAAGCAUCGUAGCCAAAAAGUUAAAUUAGAAGAUGAUACUUGAGGUUGUUUACAGUAUUACACUUUUUGAAAGUAGCGGUACUAAUUAAAUUAUUUUGCCAUUUGGGGAUUUUUUUUUUUAAAAGGUAAAAUGAUUAAAUGGCAAAACUUAAAAUGGUUUGAGAUAACAAAAAACUAAAUCGGUAUGUAAGAUCUGUAAUCUAAUUGUGGUGCCUGUAAGAGUAUUAAAAAACUAUUUUAUGUGUUCUGUUUGGUUCAAAUACCACUUUCAUUGUCACUUUUGUUUAAUGAAGCACUGGAUAAAAUCAGUUUUUUUUAUUGAGAAUAACUGUGUUUCUAAGACCACAAAUGUAGCAAUAUAGGUGUGCUGUCACUGCAGAAAGUCAGUUUAUUGUUUGGGUUUUUUUUUUGUUUUUUUUUCUCCCCUGUUCCAAUCAUUUUCAGACUAUGUUUACGUUCCUAUGGAAGACACUUCACACUAGUUGCACUGCACAUAAGAGGGACUUUUCCUUUUCUAUACCUCUUUGUUUAUUAACUUCACUGUAUGAGGACGACUAUUUUAAACUGAAAUAAAAGCUUUUCAACUUAUAA